AUGGGUACGGCCAAAACAUACAACAGUAGCUACAGCCGACAUCGACCGAGCAUUACGUCCAGCAGUCCGGCCUCCAUCCGGCAGCUCGGGCGGAAGGCAUCUGCAAGGAUCGCGUCGCGAUCUGUCGGUGUUGAACGGCGUUCCGAUAGGACGAUGUUCAGACGGAGCCGCCCUGCCAUCAAUAGCUGGCUUCUGCUGGCCUUCCUGCUGCUCUUCGAUGUUUUAGGAGUAUCGGUAUUAAACAACGGCCACGGUCUCCACGCGGUCAUGGCAAUUUCCGACGGUUCGGUUGGAGGUUGCUCUGAAUACAACUCAUCCUUUGCAUCGGCGUCGAGCGACUCAUCGAACAGUAUCACGAUUCUGCUGCUCUUCACGACGUACUACGAUCUGCGCGUGCUAAACGUGACGGUACAACCGGACUCGAACACGUGCAGCUACACGAUGGACGAGCUGCUGAAGAAACUAAACGAAGCAUCCGGGAUGGACAUCUACCACGACCGGGGGCUCGUCUGCUGGAUGGAAAACACACCCCAAGCGAUCCAGUGUGGACACACGAACGGCACGCGAAAAGUGUCAAACAGGACGGCUGUGAUAACGGACGGGCUGGACAAACCGGAGGGUCUCGCGAUCGACUGGUACACGGACAAGCUCUACUGGACGGAUGGUGAUGCGAACCGGAUCGAGGUGGCACAGCUCGACCCGAUCGCUGGAAGUGCCGGUGGCAGGCAACCACUCGUCCGUCUCCAGAAGGUGUUGUUCUGGAGUGAUCUGGAUCAACCGCGUGCGAUCGCGCUCGUCCCAGCCCGCCGGUACAUGAUCUGGACGGAUUGGGGCGAAAGUCCAAAGAUCGAGCGAGCGAGUAUGGAUGGUGAUCCCCAGAGCCGAACGGUGCUGGUGAGUGACAGGAUCUUCUGGCCGAACGGGCUAGCGGUGGAUCUGGUGCAAGAGCUCGUGUACUGGGUGGACGGUAACCAGCGCUUCCUGGAUGUGAUGGAUCUAGACGGUGGGAAUCGGCGAACGCUCAUGCGAAGCCUCGACUAUCCGUACAGCUUGACGUUCACGGUGGGUUUUCUCUUCUGGACGGAUUGGAAGGCGGGAACGUUGCACUACUACGACAUCCAGCGCGGUCAGCACCGGGAGUUGUUGCGUAAGCCGGAGUUUCCGAUUACGGUGCGUGCGUGGGACCGUCGGAUACAACCGGAGGCAGUGUCCGAUGAGGCGAAUCCUUGCCGACGCAACAAUGGCAACUGUUCGCAUUUGUGUCUGCUUUCGUCGACGACUGCCGCCGGGUACAGUUGCGCCUGUCCGACCGGUAUUAAGUUGCUCACGGCGACGCAGUGUGCCAGUGGUCCGCAGGACAUGCUGUUUGUGGUGCAGCGGAAGCAAAUUAACCGAAUCUCGCUUGAUUCACCUGACUACUCGAUCGUACCGCUGGAAGCCGGCAAGGUUCGUAACGCCAUUGCCAUCGAUUUCGAUCCGGUUGAGAACUACGUGUACUGGUCGGAUAAGGAAGAGAACGCGAUCAAGCGGGUACGUGCGAACGGAACGGGUGGUCCAGUGGAGGAAGUCGUUACGGCGGAGAUUCAGGCACCGGAUGGGCUGGCGAUCGAUUGGUUGGCGAGGAACCUUUACUGGACGGAUACGGGCACAGAUCGGAUACAAGUUUGCCGGCUUGAUGGGUCCUUCCGGCGUGUCCUUAUCUACGACAACCUGGCGGAACCGCGAGCGAUCGCACUCGCACCCACGCUUGGCUGGAUGUUCUGGAGUGAUUGGGGCGCAAAGGAACCGAAAAUCGAGCGUGCCUCACUAGACGGGACAGAGCGUGUACUAAUCGUGUCCGAGAAUCUGAUCUGGCCAAACGGGAUCGCACUGGAUGUGGUCGCGCGGAAGAUCUACUGGUGUGACGCGAAAGCGGACACGAUCGAGGUGGCGGGCAUGGACGGUUCGGGCCGGAACACGAUCCUUUCCGACAAUCUGCCGCAUCUGUUCGGUUUGAGCCUGCUCGGGGACUACCUGUACUGGACGGAUUGGCAGCGGCGAUCGAUCGAUCGCGCACACAAGCUGACUGGUGCCGAUCGGACGACGAUCGCGGAAAAUAUCCCCGAACUGAUGGGGCUCAAGGUGACGCGGUUACAUGAGGUACAAGGAACGAAUGCGUGCGCCGUCGGUAAUGGCGGAUGCUCGCAACUGUGCCUGAACCGUCCGCAGGAUUACGUGUGCCGGUGUCAGCUCGAUUACGAGCUAGCUCGGGACAACCGGACGUGUCUGGUGCCGGCCGCGUUUCUGCUGUUCUCCAACCACGACAGCAUCGGGCGGUUGUCGAUGGAUAGCCAAAAUCACGCGGAUUACGCACCGUUUCGGAACGUGCUCGAUGCGCACUAUCUCGAUGUGGACGUGGCGGAUCGGCGCAUUUAUUGGGUGAGCCAGAAGCAGAAGUACAUCUCGCGUGCGUACAUCAACGGAUCGGACGUCCAGCGCAUCGUCGAGACGGGGUUGAUGCAACCGGAGGGAAUUGCCGUUGAUUGGUUGGCGCAUAACGUGUACUGGACGGAUGCGGACGCGCGCCGGAUCGAGGUGGCACGGCUGGAUGGUAGCAGCCGGCGGAUUCUCAUUUGGAAGGGUAUCGAGGAACCGAAGAACCUCAUCCUGGAGCCAAGGAAAGGCCUCAUGUACUGGACGGAGUGGCCGUCGGAUUCGAUUCGCCGUGCGGCGAUGGAUGGCGGUGAUUUGCUGACGAUCAUUUCCGGUGCGAACCAUGCCAUCGGGUUGACGCUUGAUCCUGACACGCGCCGGUUGUACUGGACACGGCAGAGUUCGCCCACCGGCAUCGAGAGUGCCGAUUGGGAUGGAAAGCGACGCACUCGGCUCGUGAUGGCGGACGUGGCGGAUGGGAAUCGAUUCAUGCCGGUUGCGCUUACCAUCUAUCAGGAUUGGGUGUACUGGGCGGAUUGGACGACGGAUGAGAUUGGACGUGCGAACAAAACCACUGGCGAGAACAGGACGAUUGUGCACACCAAUCUUCAGUACACGUACGCGCUGCUUGCGUUCCACGCUGGUCGUCAAUCUGGCUCGAAUCAGUGUCGCACGAAUAAUGGCGGAUGUACGCACCUUUGCUUGGCACAAGGACAACGGAAGAUGACAUGUGCCUGUCCGACGCACUAUACACUCAAUGCGAACAGGGUGUCCUGUAGCCCGCCACGAAGCUACAUCAUUUUUAGUCAGCGUAACUCGUUCGGUCGGUUCGUCCCCAAUACGGCUGAUUCGCCCGACAUCCCGCUACCGGUCACUGGCAAGAAUAUACGCGCCGUCGAGUAUGACGUCCUUACGCGGCACAUCUACUGGAUCGAUGGCCGUGGUCCGAUUAUCCGGCGGGCGUUUGACAACAGUACCAACGCGAAGGUGUCCACCAAUCCGACCUCUUCUCCGUUCGACAUGGCGAUCGAUCCGAUCGGUAGGCUUCUUUUUUGGAGCUGCUCGCACACCAACACCAUCAACAUCACGAAUCUGGAUGGCAACAUCGCCAGUAUCGGUAACGUGGACAUCGGUCGUACGGAGAAACCGCGUAGUCUCGCGCUGCAUCCCUUCAAACGGCUGCUUUUCUGGACGGACGUCGGUGCCGCCCAGUCGAUCACGCGCGCCAGGCUGGACGGAUCGCAACGGGUGGAGUUGAUCACGAAGCUUGAAGGAAUUCAAGCGCUGGCACUCGAUCCCCAGCUGAAUCGGCUGUUCUACGCACACGGCAAACGCAUCGAUACGAUGGACAUCAACGGGCAGGAUGUGAGAACGCUCGUGGCGGAACAUAUCAGCAUGGUGUCAUCGAUCGCGGCUCUUGAUGGGUUCAUCUACUGGCUAGAUGAGCGGCCGGUAAUGGAGCGCAUCUCGGUGCAUGGCGACAAUCGACGGGUGGAGAUCCACAAAAACCCCCACAUGACGGACAUCGUGGCCGUGUGGACGCCGGACGAACGUACGCUUCGCAAUCACACGUGCAACACGGCGCGGGCGGAAUGUAGCCACAUCUGUAUCGGAUCCCCGGAUGAUGCACCGUCCGAGAAUGUUUGCGCAUGUCCGCAGGGAUUGAUGUUGCUCAAGGAUCGGCGCGGAUGCGGAGAGCAAACCAUCUGCGGGCUGGAUCACUUUACCUGUGCCACGCCGAGUCAACUCUCCGACCGGGAAGACAACAAGGAGUGCAUCCCGUCGUCGUGGCGCUGCGACGGCCAGAAGGAUUGCCCCGAUCAGUCGGAUGAGCUUGACUGCCCGACGUGCCGAGGCGACCAGUUCAAGUGUCAGUCGGGAGAAUGCAUCGACAAGCACCUUGUUUGUGAUGGUACUACCCAGUGCCUGGAUGGGUAUGAUGAGGCGGUGUGCUGUAAGAACCCGGAGGACUUCCAGUGUCCUACAAGUAAGGUGUGCAUAUCGUUCCAUAACGUGUGCGACGGUGAUGAGCAUUGCGCCAAAGGUGAGGACGAAGCGCCCGAAAUUUGCACGGAGUACGGGAAUAGAAGGAUGGCACCUAGUUCGAGCAAAAUCACGCUACUGAUCGUCGUUGUAACGGCCGUCGCGGUCGUUUUUCUCGUCGUGUACCUACUGCAAACAUGCCGGACACGCUUCGGAACCGGAGGCGGAGGGCUCGAACCGAAAGAGUGUGACCAAGCGGCAGCUCCAUUAUCACCGGGCGGGUUGAACAAGAGCAUCCGCGUGUCGAAGCUGGCAUCCGUUGCGGACGCGGUGCGGAUGUCCACCCUCAACAGCCGCACGAGCGGUGGAAGCUACGAUCGUAACCACAUCACUGGUGCGAGCAGCUCCACGACUAAUGGGAGCAGUUUGAUCGGGUAUCCACUUAAUCCGCCACCAUCACCGGCCACGACAGCCGGUUCGACCGGACGGUACUGCAACAGUGGUUACCAUCCGUACAAACACUACAAGAUCAUCAACCAGCCGCCACCACCGACGCCCUGUUCCACGGAUGCGUGUGACGAAAGCGAUUCCAAUUACACGAGUAAAAGCAACCGCAGCAGGGGAGGUCUUAGCGCUGGUGGAGGUUGUGGUGGUGGCCACGGUUCGGGUACGACGGGUGGUGGUGGUACGAGUAGCUCCGUAGGCAGUGGAAGUGGCCGGCAUGGUGGCGGAUCGGCUCUGUUGCCGGCCAAGUACAAGGAUCGAUGCUACGAUCCGGAACCGUAUCCGCCACCACCGACGCCCCGGUCGCAUUAUCACAGUGACAUCGGGGGUAUGCUUCCGGAGAGCUGCCCACCAUCACCGAGCUCCCGCAGCUCGACCUACUUCUCGCCACUACCCCCGCCACCGUCCCCAGUGCCGUCACCGUCGCGAGGGUUCUCGUAG